CCAGAAAGCAAUGGCGAUUUCAGAGAAGCUAACCGGUUGGAGCCGGCUGAUAAUACUGUGUCUUUCUCUGGAACUAUUAUCGGAAGCCGGCACUGGAAACAUCCGCUACUCUGUGCCAGAAGAAACCGACAAAGGCUCCUUCGUGGGCAGCAUCGCCAAGGACCUGGGGCUAGAGCCCCGCGAGCUGGCAGAGCGCGGGGUCCGUAUCAUCUCCAGAGGUAGGUCUCAGCUUUUCUCUCUGAACCCGCGAAGCGGCAGCUUGGUCACCGCCAGCAGGAUAGACCGGGAGGAGCUGUGCGCCCAGAGUGCGCCCUGUCUCGUGAGCUUUAACAUCCUUGUGGAGGAUGAAAUGAAGCUUUUCCCUAUCGAAGUAGAUAUAAUUGAUAUUAACGACAACACCCCCAAAUUCCAGUUAGAAGAGCUGGAAUUAAAAAUGAGUGAAAUAACUACUCCAGGUACCAGGAUCCCUCUGCCUCUUGGGCAAGACCUUGAUGUGGGAAUAAACUCACUUCAGAGCUACCAGCUAAGCGCCAACCCUCACUUCCUCCUAGAUGUGCAACAGGCACCUGAAGGAGCACAACAGCCAGAAAUGGUACUGCAGAGCCCUCUAGACAGAGAAAAAGAUGCUAUACACUACCUCGUCCUCACUGCCUCUGAUGGCGGUAACCCAGUACACUCGGGAACUCUGCAAAUUCGUGUUCAGGUGGUAGAUGUGAACGACAACCCACCUUCAUUUAGUCAGGCAGAGUACCACGUGAGUGUCCCUGAGGACGUCCCAUUAGGCACACGGCUUCUCAAGGUGAAUGCUACAGACCCAGAUGAGGGAGCUAAUGGCAAAGUAACUUACUCUUUUCACAACGUAGACCACAGUGUGGUCCAGAAAUUUCAAUUGGAUUCUUACACAGGAGAAAUAACAAAUAAAGAACCACUAGAUUUUGAAGAAUACAAAGUUUAUCCAAUGGAAAUUCAAGCACAGGAUGGUGCUGGACUCAUGGCUAGAGCUAAGGUGCUGGUCACUGUUUUGGAUGUUAACGAUAAUGCCCCAGAAGUUGGAAUCACCUCUGUCACUACCAAAGUGGCAGAAAACUUUCCUCCUGGGACCGUAAUUGCUCUUAUUAGUGUGCACGAUCAAGAUGCUGGUAACAAUGGUCAUGUCACAUGUUCCAUUCCUGAAAUCCUACCCUUUAAGCUGGAAAAAUUAGUUGACAAUUAUUACCGCUUGGUAACAGAACGAACACUGGACAGAGAACAUAGCUCUGGAUACAACAUCACAAUAACAGCAACAGAUCAGGGAACUCCAUCCCUAUCUACCCAAGCUCAUAUCUCACUGCUAGUGACAGAUAUCAAUGACAACCCUCCAGUUUUUGAACAGGACUCCUACUCUGUCUACAUUCCUGAAAAUAACCCCAGAGGGUCUUCCAUCUUCUCAGUAAAGGCCCAGGAUGCUGACCACAAUGAGAAUGCGCUAGUGACUUACUCCCUGGUGGAAGACACUAUUCAGGGAGUGCCUUUGUCUUCUUACUUCUCCAUCAACGCUGACACUGGAGUUGUCUAUGCAUUGCAAUCCUUUGACUAUGAACAGUUUCGAGAUUUGCAGCUAAGGGUGAUGGCUCGUGAUAGUGGGAACCCACAACUCAGCAGCAAUGUAUCCCUGAAUCUGUUCAUGAUAGAUCAGAAUGACAAUGCCCCCGAAAUCCUGUACCCUGUCCUCCCCAAAGAUGGCUCCACUGGUGUGGAACUAGCACCACGGUCUGCCGAGCCUGGUUACCUGGUGACGAAGGUGGUGGCAGUAGACAAAGACUCAGGACAGAACGCCUGGCUGUCCUACCAUCUGCUCAAGGCCAGCGAGCCAGGGCUCUUCUCAGUGGGACUGCACACAGGCGAGGUGCGCACUGCCCGGGCCCUGCUGGACAGAGAUGCUCUGAAGCAGAACUUGGUGGUGACUGUGCAGGACCACGGCCAGCCCCCUCUGUCCACUGCAGUCACACUUACCAUAGCAGUGGCUGACAGCAUUCCUGAACUCCUGGCUGACCUGGGUAGCAUUGGGACCACUGCUGAUCCCCAAGAUUCAGAUCUCACACUCUACCUGGUGGUGGCAGUGGCUGUAGUCUCCUGCAUCUUCCUAGCCUUUGUCAUCGUACUCUUAAUGCUCAAGCUACAACACUGGUACUCCUCACGCUUGCUCCAGACUGCAGAAAAUGGAUUAACUGACAUUCCUGCCUCCAACUUUGUAGGUGUUGAUGGGGUACAUGCAUUUCUACAGACCUAUUCCCAUGAGAUCUCACUCACUGCUGACUCAUGCAAGAGCCACCUUAUCUUCCCACGGCCCAACUAUGCAGACACACUUAUCAGCCAAGAGAGCUGUGAGAAAAGGGAAUUUCUGUCGGCACCUCAGUCUCUGCUUAAAGAUAAAGAGGAAAUAUUUUCUCAGGUAAACUUAUAA